AUGGCGAAAGGGAAGAAUAAGGCUGCAAAUGUAACUAAGGCUGCAACGCGAAAGGCAGCCGGUGAGGUAACUGAGGUUACACCGACACAAGUGGCACCAACUUUAUCUAAACGGAAACGUAAGAAGUUCGCUGACUCGGGUGUAGGUGAAUCCGGCGGGAAUGUGACAACUGAGCCGCAGAAACCACCAGCGAAGAAGGCGAAGGCUCGAAAGGGAGCAGCCGAGAAAACGCAAUCCUCAGAAAAUUCAACUUCAGAGGAAGUGCGACAUGCACUGGAAUCAGAUGUAUCAUCUCCACCAGUGGACACGCGCACGGCACGUAGGCACGACCCCACCUUUCAUUUGAUUGAAAGGGAUAGGAGAACCUUCCUGAAGAACUACCAACCAAUGUGGAAGGCAAAGCAAGCCGCUGCCGCUGAUCAAGGUGAUGGUGAAUCAGGAGAUGAUGAUUUGGAAGACGUGCCCAUGGCACACAAUUUGUUAAAUCAGCCCCAAAUCAACGUGACGGAGGAGCAACUGCGUUUCGUGGAUAUAGGCCCGGACGAUGUGGACAAUCCACCUCUGUAG